UAAUAUGCAGAUUUUUUUGUUUCUAAUGGCACCCAGAAAAAGUACAGAAGGGAAAGAUGGGGCAGUUAGAUCGUCUUCUCACACUCCACACUUUUGCUCCUCCUCCUCCGCCCAAACCUAAUGGAUUCCUCGCAAAAACCUUCAACAAAUUCCCGAUUUCCCGCCUCCAAUUUCCCACCAUUUCUUCUUCUAUUCUUAGUCAUUCUAUAAGAAAUUUCGGAGACCAAACCAACAAGUCAACGGUUCUUAAAAUACCCAUUUCUCCUCGAUUUAGCCAUGUCUGCAACAUGAGCAAAGACUCAGAUAUGAUAUCACAGCUGGAACUUGGAAAGCCUGACGGGAAGCCGGAUAAGCGUGUGAAUGGAAUAUUCUGGAUUUUACUUAUUAAUCUUGGAGUUUUCGCGGCUGAUCAUUGGUUUCAUAUAAGGGAGAUCAAAGGACUUUACUUGUAUCACAGUCUUCCAGUUUGGUACCAGUUUGUGACUUCUACAUUCUGUCAUGCUAACUGGAAGCAUCUCUCCAGCAAUCUGUUUUUCUUGUACAUUUUUGGGAAGCUUGUUGAGGAGGAGGAAGGAAACUUUGCAUUGUGGACUUCUUAUAUUCUAACAGGUCUUGGAGCAAACCUUGUGUCGUGGUUGGUUCUCCCAAGAAAUGCAGUUUCUCUUGGAGCGUCUGGUGCUGUGUUCGGUCUAUUUGCUAUUAGUGUUCUUGUCAAGAUGUGCUGGGACUGGAGAAAGAUCCUCGAAGUUCUUAUACUGGGCCAGUUUGUAAUUGAGAAGGUGAUGGAAGCAGCACAAGCUUCAACAAGAAUGUCUGGCGCAAGUUCCGCUAUGCAGAGCGUCAAUCACAUUGCUCAUCUCUCUGGCGCUUUGGUCGGUGCAGGACUGGUUUGGCUUCUAAGUAGAGUUCCAUCAGAACCUUCCGACCAAGACGUAUCGAAGUUGAGUGAUAAGACAAAUCGAAAAACUUAAGGUGGGAGGAUAUGAACACCAUUUCUAAUCAUAGUUGUUUAAUAAUAUUAUUACAUUUUGGUCUUAUUAUCAAUUAAGAAGCUAGUUAAGCAUGCUGCUAUCCUUGGAAACAUAUUGGUAAUCCUCCUUUUAUGUGUAUAAACAGGCUGUUUUGAGAAGAUAGGCAACACAACAAUCUUUUUUAGCAGAACCAACUGUACUCUGCCUGUAGUAGAGAGUUGAGUUCCGGUUGCUUGGCAUUGUACUGUAUUAGUUACAGAUGAAUGUGGUUGUUAUUUUAGCAGCAAUUUUCUUGGUUUAAUAGCAUUUUGUUGAGAUUUUAGCAA